AUGGUUUCUCAAGAGGAGAAUAGGAGCCUUUCUUUGUGCCCUCUUUUGGAGGAGAUCAAGAGCACCUUAUUUAAUAUGAAUGUGAAUUCUGUUGCGGGUCUGGAUGGUUUAACUGUCAAGUCUUUUCAGCAUUCUUGGCAUAUUAUUUUUGAGGAAGUUCAUUCCGCUAUUAUGGAUUUUUUUAAUGAUUCCCCAAUUCCCAAGUUUUUCUCUUCAACUUAUAUUGCUUUGAUUCCUAAGAGUAAUGAGUUUGAAGCUGUGAGUGGUUUGGUUUUUAACAAAGAUAAAGGUUGUUUUGUCAUCUCUAAGAAUGUUCCUCCUAAUAGAAUUUUGGAUAUUAAGAACUUUACGGGCUUUUCCCAAGCUACUUUACCUUUAAAGUACUUAGGUAUUCCUUUGUUUAAAGGUAGAAAAAAGACUUUUCUAUUUGAUGGCUUGCUUUCCACGGUGCACAAUCGUUUGGCUUCUUGGGAUUCCAAGUUUUUGAGUUUUAGUGGUAGGCUAGUUCUUAUCAAAAGUGUUCAUGCCUCUAUUCCUGUUUAUAAUUUUCAAGUUCUUUUUCCUACUAAGACGGUGGUUUUGAGGAUUGAUAGAAUUUUUAACAAAUUUUUUUGGAGGGGUUCUUCUGUUAAUUCUAAAAUCCAUUGGUCCUCAUGGAAUAAGUGGUGUGGUACUUUACAGGAAGGUGAUCUUGGUUGCAAGUCGAUGACAGAUUUGGCUUCUGCUUUUUCUUUUAAAUUAUGUUAUAAUUUAAGAGCUAAUGUGUCUUUGUGGGCUAAUUUUAUGAGGUCUAAAUAUUGUGGGGAUCUUCACCCCUCUAAUUGUUUAUAUUCUAAAGGGCAUUAUAAGGUUUGGCAUUGUCUGUGUCAGAUUAAGUGGAAACUUAAGUCCUGUUUAGCUUGGGGCCUUGGGGAGGGUAACAUUUUCUUAUGGCAGGAUCGUUGGAUUAAUGGUCUAUCCCUUGAGGCUCUCCUUAACACGAAUUCUAGGAGUAUGGUGAGAGUUAACUUUUUCUAUUCUGCCAAUGGUUGGGAUUUGGAUAAACUUUCUUCUAUUAUUCCUGAUUCUAUUAUUCAAAUGAUUGCUAACAUUUCUCUUAAUCGUAAUGCUAAAGAUGCUUUACUUUGUACAUUUACUAAAGAUGGUCUUUUUAGAACUAAAGAUGCUUGGCAUGUGUUUAGAAAUAAAAAGGAGUCUUCUAAGCCUUUUAAAAUGAUGUGGCACAAGAGCAUUCCUACCACUGUUUCUAUUUUAAAUUUGAGAAUUCUUAAGGAGUUUAUUCCUACGGAUGAGCUGCUUAGGAAAAGAGGUCUCCUCUUCAGUUCUGGAUGGGUUGCUGGGAGAGUUGGAGUGUUACCAGAAGCUCUUGUUCCAGAUAUAUCCUUUUAG